CUCUGUUAGUGUUCCGGGAAUGGCUGCCGUUGUAGAUGCGAAUGUGCCAGUGUAUGAGGUCACUGAUGCCAACACCCGGGUAAUCCAUGUGGGUUCUUUCGGGAACUUGUGGAGGGAGAGGCUGAGCAGCUGUGAUAUAAGUCUCACUGAUGAUGCCGGCCACGAUCAGCUGCUUAAGGAGGUCGAUGUGGCCAAAGAGCUGAACUGUACACUGGAGACAGUUGCUGAGCUGGAGAUGCUUUGCAGUGUGGAAGAAUUGAAAUGUGGAACUGUUGAAGAGGGCGCAGAUCCAGACUUUGUGCCAGAAGACACUGACCUAGUAACUUUGGGGAUCCGCAAAAAAGUUGUGGAGAGGCGUAAAGAAACUCUGGUUUUCAACCGCGUGUGCCGACAAGAGAUGUUACGUUAUGAGAUGGAACAUCAUUCUGUAGGAAAAAGGCCACAGAGUCCCACAGAUUUCGUAGAAGAAGGAGAAUUGUUACUCACGCUCAAUAUCCUAUACCCUCUCAUAUUGUUCAAGAGCAGGGAGUAUAAGCCUUAUCAAACAUUAUUGGUGCUGGGGAGCCAGAAGCUCACAGAGCUAAGGGAUGGCUUGAAGUGUGUCAGUGACCUGCAGAUCGGAGGAGAAUUCAGCAGUAAUCCCGACAUGGCCCCUGAAAGCAUCUGCAAGGACCUCUUCAAAUCGGCUUUCUUCUAUUUUGAAGGUGUGUUUUACAAUGACAUGAGAUAUCCAGAAUGCAGAGACCUCAGCAGAAAUACUAUUGAAUGGGCAGAAUCCCGUGACAGAGGUUAUGGAAAAUUUCAGAGUGCUAAAAUGGAAGACUAUACAUUUAAUGACUUGCAGAUUAAAAUUGGCUACCCGUACCUGUACUGCCAUCAAGGAGACUGUGAACACAUCGUUACCGUAACCGAUAUAAGGUUGAUACAUCAUGGAGACUGUUUGGAUAGGACCCUCUACCCAGUGCAAACCAGGAAACGUUGGUUCCGGACUAGAAAGUGCUACGUUUGUAAAUUGUAUACUGCCAAGUGGGUGACCAAUGAUGACAGUCUUGCUCCAGAUGACCCUUGUUUUUUCUGUGAUGUCUGCUUCAGGAUGAUGCAUUAUGACACAGAGGGCAAUAAACUAGGAGAAUUUUUGGCAUACCCUUAUGUUGAUCCAGGGACCUUUAACUGAAGAC